UGCCAAAGCCUAGAGAGGAGAGCCACAGCCAAUCACGGCCUUCGCGGUUUUUUGUUUUUUUUAAAUAAAUAAAUGGGAGUUUAAAUCGUGCGGAAAACCCAAAGAACGGAAAACACGGAGGACUCAGUGCGGGGACGGUUAUUGCUUCCUGUUUCAUCCCUCAGAUCACUUCCGGGGCCUUCCUGGGGCGCCUCCGCUCGCCCCGCUCUGUUGAAACCAGGUGCCUUGCUAAGCCAUGUCCAGCCAGGAUGAUGACACAGGAAAAGAUGGGUCCUUUGGAGCUGAGCAUCUGGCAGCUGAGUCCAUGGCAGCAGACAUGGAUCCCUGGGUGGUCUUUGAUGCACGGAAGACCCCACGAGCUGAAUUUGAGGAAUGGCUGCAAACUUACCAACCAUCCCGGGUCUCUCGCUUUGGCAAUCCAGAACGCAAUGCAGAACCUGUGGGAUGGAUCGCAGUCUACGGACCUAGUUUCUGUCCUGAAAGGGGGGAUGUAGUAGGGUUGCAGGAGGACUGGGAGCGGCUGCAGACCAGCGGACGCCACAUCACUUUUGAUACCAUCAAAGAGCUGGCCCUUAACAGGCAUGUGCUGACGGGAAAGUGGCUGAUGCAUCUGGACACCGGCUUCAAGGUGGAUCACGCCUGGUGUGGCAUUGCCCGUGCUGUGCUUGAUGGACGCAUUGGCGUGGCAAAGGUCAGCCCCUGCUGCCCUGAGUCAGAGCGCAAGCAGGUCAUCUGCGUCUACACAGAUGACUUCACCAAUGAGGAGCAGGUGCUGAUUGCUGAUGCCAUCAUCCGUGCCACAGGUGUCAAGUGCUUGUUAUCCUACAAGCCUGAUGUUUAUACCUACCUGGGCAUCUAUCGUGACAACCGCUGGCACCUCUGCCCCACCAUCUAUGAAAGCAAGUUUGACCUCGAAUGUAUCCCCCGCCGCUCCCGCAUCACCAACAAAGUGAACAACACGGAAGUGACUUAACUUGCCCCCCAUAAUGUGCAGCACUUCUGUGUGAUGGUGCUAUUACCAGGAACUACAAGUCCUAGCAUGUAGUGCUCACCUUCCCCCCUGCAGAGACCAAGCUCCUUCCAGGAAGCUGCUCAGGAGACCCUUGCGAACUGCAGGCCACCAGGGACGCAGCUUUUACAGACAGGAUUUCCAUAUGCUCCACCCAUGCUUUUUUGUUGCAAAGGUGGUCCUUAGCUUGUUUGCUGGUGUGCCGAGGGAUGUCUUCAAUCUGCCACACGACAGAGAAACAUUUCAUUUUGUCUCUUAAAAGUGAACUUGUAACCAGCACGUGCUGCCCUCCUCAGUUUCUAAGAAUCUGCUAAAAGUGCAUGUUUGCAAGUGACUCCAAGCUCCUGUGCUCUCUUUGGUACAAAGGCUCUCACAGCUGCAGCCCUCCUCUGUGGUGGAUCGGAAGACAAAUUGCUGGGGGCGGGGGUCAAAAAGAAAAGAUACAGUAAGUAAAACAAAACUUGGGUAAGAUGAUGUAGCAGUAUGCAAACUUUCUGUCAUCAGAGAGCUGUUCAUCUGGCAAAACAGUCUUUCACCUCUCAUAGUAUUCUGUGAAACUUGAAAAUGUGUAUGCUCAGAUGACAGGCUGUUUGAACUGAAGGUCUUGUGCUCAGCUUUCUCUUGUGGAGAGGGGUGGCAAUCUGUUUACAAAAUGGCUGGAAAGCAACUUAUACAAUUUCUUCCUUCAGUCUCUCCAGUGGAAUAGGAUUUAGCUUUUGGGGACUUCUCUUACCUCCUGCAUGCACAGACUGUUGCGGCGGGGUGGGGUGGGGAGAUGUUCUAGCUUUUCCUGCUUACGAGGUUGCUAAAUAUGUCUGGACAGUCACUUUUAAAUAAAACUAUU